GAGCGGACGGGAGGAGAAGCCCGUUAGUCAGAGAGGCUUCAGCGGGGGACAGACAGCAGGACCGGCCGUGUCCGCGUCCAUGUCCGCUCCAGCAGCCGCCGCCAGCCGCAGCCAUGUCGAGAGAAAACACCACCCGGAGUCUGGACAGCAUCGACCUGGCUGCUCUCAGGGAUCCAGCAGGCAUCUUUGAGCUGGUUGAAGUGGUUGGCAAUGGAACGUACGGUCAAGUCUACAAGGGUCGUCAUGUCAAGACGGGUCAACUGGCAGCUAUCAAGGUCAUGGAGGUCACAGAGGAGGAAGAAGAGGAGAUCAAGCUGGAGAUCAACAUGCUAAAAAGUUACUCUCACCACAGAAACAUCGCUACUUACUACGGAGCCUUCAUUAAGAAGGGUCCUGCGGGACAGGACCACCAGCUCUGGUUAGUGAUGGAGUACUGUGGCGCCGGCUCCGUGACCGACUUGGUGAAGAAGACCAAAGGAAACUGCUUGAAGGAGGACUGGAUCGCCUACAUCUGCAGAGAGGUGCUCAGGGGUCUUUCCCAUCUCCACUCCCAUCAUGUGAUCCACCGAGACAUCAAGGGACAGAACGUCUUGCUGACGGAGAACGCCGAAGUCAAGCUGGUGGACUUCGGGGUCUCGGCUCAGCUGGACAAGACGAUCGGCCGGAGGAACACCUUCAUCGGUACUCCGUACUGGAUGGCUCCGGAGGUCAUCGCCUGCGACGAGAACCCAGAGGCCACGUACGACUACAGGAGCGACCUCUGGUCUUUGGGCAUCACGGCUCUGGAGAUGGCCGAAGGAGCUCCUCCCCUGUGCGACAUGCACCCCAUGAGAGCGCUGUUCCUCAUCCCCCGAAACCCUCCGCCCAAACUCAAAUCCAGAAAGUGGUCGAAGCGCUUCCUGUCGUUCGUGGACAGCUGCCUGAUCAAGAACCACCUCCACCGGCCGACCACCGAGGCCCUGCUGCGGCACGCCUUCAUCCGGGACCUGGCCAACGAGAGGCAGGUCCGCAUCAUGCUCAAGGACCACCUGGACCGGACCCGGAAGAAGAGGGAGAAAGAGGGUCCAGAGUACGAGUACAGCGGCAGUGAGGAAGAGGAUGACGAGGUUGCGGAAGAGGAAGGAGAGCCCAGCUCCAUCGUCAACGUUCCCGGCGAGUGGACGCUGAGACGGGAGUUCCUCCGCCUGCAGACGGAGGGUCGCGGCGGGGGUAAGGACGGCGGUCAGGGAGGAGGCGGGGGGCAGCAGCAGCAGCGGCAGCAGCAGCGCCAGCAGCUGGCCGAGCAGGAGCGCUACAAGCAGCAGCUCCUGGCCGACCGGCACAAGAGGAUCCAGCAGCAGCAGGAGCAGCGGCAGAGGCUGGAGGACCAGCAGCGGCAGCAGCUGGCGGACCGCGCCUUUCAGUGGGCGGAGCUCCAGGAGAUCAUCUUGGGGGAGGAGUCUGAUCUCCUUGACAACAGGAUCCGGCUGGACGACAGGAGCAGGAGGUGUGACCGGAGACAGGAGCAGGCGGGCCGGCAGCACAGUGCUGAAGUGUCAGUGAGGCCUGUGGACUCGGCAGCAGAGCAGAGACCCGCCGCUCAGAACCACCACUUUCAGCGGCCCCGUCCCGAGCAGCAGCAGCAGCAGCAGCCGGCGGCGGCGGGCCGGAGGUCCCACCGCACCCUGCCCAAAGACCAGACCCAGCUGCUGUCGCUGCAGCACGACCACCGGCAGCGGGAGAGGGAGCGGGAGCGGGACAGGCUGAGGCAGAGGGACGGUCCCGGGACGGCCGUCCACAAGCUGACUCUCAGCAGCGCGAACACUCCUGCCGCCGCCGCCGCCGCCUCCCCCUGCCGCCCCCCAAACAGCCAGCGCUCAGCGAUGGAGCUGCAGGAGUCCGGCCUGGCCCGGCUGCUGCUGGCCGCCGGCCUGCCCGGCCCCGUCCACCCCCGGCUGGGCUCGGGGAGCAGCUCCAGCCCGUGCACCCCGGCCAUGCAGAGGGCCCAGUUCAGCCAGAACGCCAACCUGCGCUCCAGCCGAGACGCCCACCACAGCAGCUCCAUGUCCGACAUGGCCCUGUCCCCGCUGUCCCCCUUCUCCCCCCUGUCCCCGACCGACAGCGUCUUCUUCGACGCCGUGGACGCCCCGCCCAAGGUCCCGGAACGCACUACCUCCAAGUUCUACUGUCGGGAGCUGGUGAUGGGACACAAGAGGGCGGCGUCAAGUGGCAGUCCGGUGUCUGCAGCAGAGAAGGCUGGAAGGUCUGGCUCUCACGCGGUUUCCUCCUCGAGCAGCAGAAGCCCCGGCUACUUCUUCCUGGAGAGUCCCGUCCUGCAUCACCGUCUGCAGCAGCACAGGAAUCCAGACGUCGGCAGCGGACACACACAGGCAGGGAAACCCGCCGCCGGUCGGCUCCACAAGGCCACAGAGUACUCGUCCUCCAGCGACGAGGUCGGGAGCAGCGACGAGGAGGAAAGACACCGGUCUGGGCUCUCCAAUGGAAAAGGAAAGUACUUCCGAGGAAUCCCCGACGGCAUCGUCUUGCAGCCGCAUCACAAUCUGAACCAGAUCUCCCGGCUGGGCUCCGACGAGACCUACCUGCUGCCGGACCUGCUGCAGAAGACCUCCUUCUCCAGCCCCUCCCACAAUGCACUGGGCCAGCAGCAGCUGGGCUUCCUGCGCUCGGCCAACGCUCCGGGAUCCCCGACACACCCGGAGCUGCACGCUGUCUGCAGUCCCUCUGGGAAAAGCACCUCUUCAUCGUCAUCUUCCUCCUUCCUGUCCUUCAUCGAUCCCAGGCUGAUCCCCAUCUCCUCUCCACCGCAGAGCCCCACGGGCAUCAAAGGCGAGCCCCUCAAGAGAGAGAACCACAGGAAGGGCUCGGUGGUCAACGUGAAUCCCACCAACAUCCGGCCGCAGAGCGACACGCCCGAGAUCCGCAAGUACAAGAAGAAGUUCACCGCCGAGGUCCUGUGUGCCGGACUGUGGGGGGUGAACCUGCUGGUGGGGACGGAGAACGGGCUGUGGCUGCUGGACCGCAGCGGUCAGGGGAAAGUCUACUCUCUGAUCAGCAGGCGCAGGUUCCAGCAGAUGGACGUUCUGGAAGGACUCAACGUUCUCAUCACCAUAUCAGGGAAAAAGAACAAGCUGCGUCUCUACUACCUGUCCUGGCUGCGCAACAAAAUCCUCCACAACGACCCCGAGGUGGAGAAGCGGCAGGGCUGGACGUCGGUGGGCGACCUGGAGGGCUGCGUGCAUUACAAAGUGGUGCGUUACGAGAAGAUUAAAUUCUUGGUGAUCGCCCUGAAGAACGCCGUGGAGGUUUACGCCUGGGCCCCGAAGCCGUACCACAAGUUCAUGGCCUUCAAGUCCUUCAGGUCUCUGCCUCAGAAGCCUCUGUCCGUGGACCUGACCGUGGAGGAAGGUCAGAGGUUAAAGGUCAUCUACGGCUCGCUGUCGGGGUUCCACGCCAUCGACGUGGACUCUGGGACGCCGUACGACCUCUACCUGCCCACACAUAUCCAGGGAUCCAUCCGUCCUCACGCCAUCAUCAUUCUGCCCAACAAAGCGGGGACCGAGGUCCUGGUUUGCUACGAGGACGAGGGCGUCUACAUCGACACGUACGGCCGGAUCACCAAGGACACGGUGCUGCAGUGGGGCGAGAUGCCUGCGUCCGUCGCGUACCUGCAGUCGAACCAGGUGAUGGGCUGGGGGGAGAAGGCCAUCGAGCUGCGGUCGGCCACCACGGGGAACCUGGAGGGCGUGUUCAUGCACAAGAAGGCCCAGAAGCUCAAGUUCCUGUGUGAACGGAACGACAAGGUGUUCUUCGCCUCGGUGCAGUCGGGAGGCAGCAGUCAGAUCUACUUCAUGACCCUGGGGCAGAACUCGCUCUUCAACUGGUAACGCCCGGUCUGGUUCCCGUCUGCAGUCUGCCGGGUGUUGGUUGGACCGGUGCUGGACCAGUGGUGCCUCAGUUUUGGAUCAGAGGGGUGAUGACGGCCGAUAAUCCUCCGUCCGUUCCUCAGUCCGAGCACAAAAGCUUGAAUGCAUCACUUCAACUACUGAAGCCCAGGUCACGGAAGCCCCUCCACAUCCCGAGCCUUUCCCUGGAGGACCCCCGCCUGGAGGACCCCGUUUGGACCAUGGUGUGGGGAUUCCCGCUCUGCGUCUGGAUUUCAGAUGGGAUUGUUUCCACGUCCGGCUCUCCUGGAUCCUCUGGUUCCCUCUGAUGUUCAUGCGUUGCCGGCUCACCGUCCACCAGCUGGAUCCGUGAGCCUCCUCUCCGUCUUCCUCUUCCGCCAGACUUCUUCAGCACAUGAGCGUCUUGUGGGCAUUUCCAGGACUCUGAGCAGGACGGCCUCUCCAUCUCAUUCCGUGUUUUAUCUCCACUGCUUCUGAUCUCACCACUUCAUUUCCUCCCUUUAUUGAAGUAUUGGCUGAAACCAUUUUAAAACUGGAGGUUUUCUUCGCUGUCCUCACUGAAGCUGAUCCCAGAACCCAAACAGAUGAAAGCUGAAGCAUGUGGAGUCGCUGUCAGUGAAGUAAAGGUGGACAACCUUUAGACAACUCCAAAUGUUUCCCUGAAGUUUUACCACAAAUGAUAAAAGCCUGCAUUGUUAAAAUGUUCUUAUUUCACUGAGUCUGAGCCAGUUCUACUAAAGGACUGACUCUAUAAUGGUUUCAUCUGGUCUGGCCACCAGACAGACCCAAAUGGACCAACCGACGGCCCAGUUUUAGCACCUGGGCCUCAUGCUGAACUCCCCUGCUCCUCGUUAAUGGCAGUUAAUGCACUUUCAGAUGUGACAGUAUUUCCUCAUUUCUUGCUCAUAUUGUGGGGUUUUCAGCUCCAGUUAGUGGAACGGCAGGAAAGGUGAGCCUGAGAGGUCCGUCCCACACCGUCCUGGGUCUGCGUCUCUGGAACAGCUCCAGGAGAUCCAGUUCAUUCCCGACAAGAUUCUGUGUUUUUCUGUACAGCUCCAGAUGUAUAUAAUCUCGUAUGAUGCACUGUUUUUCUAAAUAUUUUAUAAACGACAAGCCAUCUUUAUGUGUGUGUAUGUGUGUGAGUGUGUGUGUGGUUGAUUAAGGCAGAUGAAUGUGACGGUGGAACACGUUCUUACCACCAUCGUUGAAUGUUUGCGGAGGUGAAUCUGAGCUACUAACGUGGAGUGACCGGAGGCGGUUUCCCUCCAGGAUCGACUGGGAGCUCGUCCUUUGGGUUUCGGUUUGUUGGCGCCGGGUGUUUUGCACAAAAGGCGUCCCGGACGUGAUUUGUUUUCCAUUGCUCUACCUUAAAACACGUUGGUUCACAGUGACAGAGCUGAAACCCGGUCCACAGUCAGUAUUAUGAGUUUUUUAGAGACGUUAAAUACUAUGAGAGGCGUGUCCUUUUCAGAAGAGAUAUUAUAAUAAAAAUUAAUCUUCUGAUUAUCAGGAAACCAAAGACGAAGUUACUAUUCAGUGUAAGAUCUGAAUCCGAAUUCCUUCAGGACCCAUUAUAUCCAAGUCAGUGUAAAAUAACAGUCGCUGUGUCAGAAAAGGAAGAAUUGGUUUGAACUGUGAAUUAGCUCUAGUGUCUUUCUUCCUUCACCACAUCCUGUUUUUGUCCUUCAUUAAUUUCUGCCUUUCUUUCUUCUCUGCAUCCUAUUUCCUCCUGAAUUCUGUGGUUCUCAGAAGUUCUCAGUGUUUUUAUAUUCAGUGAGUUUUAGACUUGAAUAUUGAAUAUUACAGCUGGUUCUGUGAGAAUGUUUUAAACUGGAAAGUCAACUUCUUCACAGUGUUUUUUAUUAUUAUUAUUAUUAUUAUUAUUAUUAUUAUUAACCACAUGUCUAAAAGUGUCGGUUUGAGUGGAGUCGCUUGUAUUCAACACAGAAUCGUACAGAUUCAAAAGCUUAUUAAUCUGUUUUAUUCUUCAGUCUUUCUGCUUUGAGGCUAAAACCAGCAGUGAAAAUUGGACAAACCAAAUCUUGCUAAUGACUCGUUUUUAACAUCUUCAAAUCCGAAGUUGUGUUCAAAGUCAAUAGACACCUUCUUGCCACUGCGCUCACUGCUGGUCACUCAUUUCAGCUCAUUGAGGACGCAGAACCCAGUUUGAUUGAUCUCUUUGGAUCCAGAUCAGUAUUGAUAACAAACACCAAGGAAACCUUAAAAAUGCACUUUUUGUUAGAUCUAUGAUCAGCCACUUAUCUUUUUGUUCCCUUUUUCUUCCUCCAGAGGUUUUCUUCCGUCUCUCUUCCUCAUCUGUCCAUCAGUGAGGAGAAACCGGUCUCUUGAGAGAACCUGGCUCCGUUCAGCUCUGAGAGGAAACUCCUCUACGCUGAUGAUCCUGUGCUUUCUCUCUGUUCUCUCAUUUCACUUUCACUCAUCAUUCAGACUUCUUUAGUGCAUCAACCUUUUCUCUGAAGUCCAAAACAGAAGCACCAUUGGAAAAAAAGGACCUUUACAAACCAACUGUCGUAGUAUUAGUAACUAAUGUUAAUCAGAAAUGCUUUAUUUUGUGAUAGAUUUUGCCAUAAGAUAUUGGAAGCACAGGAAACAGUAAUUAUAUGCAAUGCAGUGUUGUAUGUCAAGAUUGAUAUUCUCUCUCUUUUUUUUAAAGAAUAUAUGAUCAGAUAAAUGUAAGAUUGUGUGGGACCAAAGUCAGACUGUUUUAUACUUUAUAAACUUUUGAAAUUGCUUGUUUUAGAAUAGCCUCUCAGGUAGGUUGGGUUGAACUGUAACGGUUGAGCAUUGAUUGACUUUCGUUGUGUUUGGUGAAUGAACAGUGUCGGCCAUGGCUGCUGAGAGUGUCUGCGUGACGGCGGAUCUCCGUCAGGGUUCUGCGGCCAGCGUUGUCUCGUGGGCGGGUGUGUCGUGGAAGCAGGUGUUCAGAAAGAGGAAGGAUUUAGCGUGAGGAGCGGAGUCAGAGCAAGUCGCUGCGGUGGACUGAGUCGGCUGGCUGAAGGAGCGGUGCUGAUCUCUAAAGGUGCAACAUGAAGGGUUUGAUUUGAUCAUUGUGGAGAAACCACUGUUCGGGCUGGUCGACUUGAGAAUUCCUAGCUGAUAAUCUCAACCUGACUGUUGUUUCUUCACAUUUUUUGGGUUUAGUUUGAAUUCAUUUCAAGUUAUAAACCAAAAAACAAAUCAGUAUUCCACUCAGUUGUCUGGAGUUGACAGGAGUUACGAAGAGACGGAUGAAGAGGAAGUGACACGUUGAUUGUAUUGAAAGCCUGAUUGGCCAAAACAAACCUACUGCUUCCAUUUUAGAGAUCCUUAAUUCAUUUAAAUCCAACAGGUGACAUAUUGGAGAGUGCUUAGUUCCAUAAUACUCAGACUUUUCUGUUUCAAGAAGAAUAGAUGAUAUAAAACCAGAUAUUAUAGAAAAAUGAAAAUGUCCCCAUGUAUCUUUAAUAAAGAUGAGCCUUGAGUUACUUUGUAUGAUUUAUGCACUGGACCCCUGUUUGAUGCAUCACACACUGUACUGCUUCCAGAUGAACUCUCUCAUACUCGUUUCUUUGUGACAAUAAAAGUGUUGAGUCCA